ACUAGUCACUACCGCGCGCUCCUCACUCACCCAGCGGACUCCCGUGUAGACGCUUCUCCUCCCAAAGUCUACCUCCAUCCUGCCUUUUGCCCCUGACUGCCUGACCCCUGUCGCCCGUAAUCACACAGGGAGGCCGCCAGGAUGACUCGAGCGCUUCUGGUGGCGCUGGUUCUGGCGGCGGCGACUUGCGGAGUAUAUGCCACCAUUGGGGUGGACCGCUCGCCGCGCGUGGUCUGUUACUUCUCCAACUGGGCGAUAUAUCGACCGGGCAAGGGCAGCUACACCAUCAAUGACAUCCCCAUCAGCAUGUGCACCCAUAUUAUUUACUCCUUUAUCGGAGUGUCGAACUCGACAUGGGAGGUGUUGGUGCUGGACCCUGAGAUUGACGUCCAGCAGGGUGGGUUCCAAAACUUUACUAACCUGGCGAAGGGAACUCCCGGCCUUCACUCCAUGUUGGCCAUCGGCGGCUGGGGUGAGGGAGGCAAGAAGUACUCACAGAUGGCCAGCGUGCCUUCAAGGAGGGCUUCUCUCAUCGCCAGUGUUGUGGACUACAUGAAUCGAUACGGGUUCGAUGGCUUCGACCUCGACUGGGAGUACCCUGGGGCAGCAGACAGAGGAGGAACAUUCAAAGACAAAGAUAAUUUCCUGGACUUCGUGAAGGAGCUACGCGCGGCCUUUGAUGUAGUGGGCAAAGGGUGGGAGAUCUCCAUGGCAGUGCCGGUAGCUAAGUUCCGCUUGCAGGAGGGCUACCACGUUCAGGAGCUGUGUUACUAUAUAGAUGCCAUCCACGCCAUGACCUACGACCUACGCGGGAACUGGGCAGGAUUCGCGGAUGUUCACUCACCUCUUCGGAAGCGACCAUUCGACCAGUAUGCAUACGAAACGCUCAACGUGGAAGAUGGCUUGCAGCUGUGGGUCAACAUGGGCUGCCCAAAAGAUAAGCUAGUCGUCGGUGUCCCUUUCUACGGGAGGACGUACACAUUGGGAAGCCCCGACACCAAUGGCCUUCGGGCACCAGUCAAAAAAUGGGAGGGUGGAGGUCUGCCUGGCCCGUACACCGGCGCAAAGGGGUUUCUCGCUUACUAUGAGAUUUGUGAAAUGAUGCAGAACGACACGGCCUGGGUCCGGCAGUAUGACCAGAUUGGGGAGUGUCCUUACACGCACAAAGGCAACCAAUGGGUGGGCUAUGAGGACCCGGGCAGCCUCCAGGUCAAGAUGAACUUCAUCAAGGCCAAUGGCUACGGCGGCGCCAUGACUUGGGCCAUCGACAUGGAUGACUUUCAUGGAACGUGCGGCACCGUCAACCCAUUGAUCACUGUGCUUCAUAAUGGCAUGCAGAGCUACACGGUGCCCAUACCCCCACCCACCACUACCACCCCUAGAGUAACGUGGUGGAAGCCGUGGAACCCUUCGAGCACAACUCCUACUUCCAUCGUCACUCAGGCACCCCCUGCAAGCCAAACUACAAUACCCACUGGACCUCCUGCUGGACCUCCUACUGCUCCUUCGGGGCAAACCGAUGCACCACCAGUCAAACCUCCAGGAGGACAAAUUCAUGACGCUCCGCCGGAGUUCACAGACUGCAGCCUCGGUGACGGAUUUUUCCCCCAUCAACAGUGCUCCAAGUACAUCUUGUGCGUCCAUGGAAAGCCUCAAAUUUUCUCGUGCGGUGCGGGAACAGUAUGGGAUCCUGUUAAGAAAAACUGCAACUGGGCAAUCCAGGUGCCGCGAUGUGCUGCUGGGUAGCCGCCUCGCAGGGUGUGGUAAGCAAGAGGUGUGAAUAGAGCUGUAAUAUUCCCGGGAAUUUUGAAGUGUGAAAUUUUCCAUGGGAAUUUUGGGAAUUUUCGGGAACUUUGUGAAUUAGAAAAUACAAGUUUGCCUAUGACGCAUUUAACCUUUUUUUAAGCUAAGGUUAUUGUUGCCUCUUGAAACUUCAGUUUUAGGGAGCUGUUGGUGUGUAGCCUUUAGCCCGUUGGUGGCGCAGACAGGAUUUUUUAAGUGACGCCUACUGAGUCUCAUGUGGCUUGUGAGACACACUAAGCCCCCUAUUGACCCUGAGCAAACGUAAUCAGGAUAGGACUGGCACUGAUAACUGGAGUCAUUGGACACGUUCAGUACAGAUGAUUAAUGUACUGUUUGUACAGUACUGUGUUCCCUAAGGUUCAAGACUCUCCACACUUUCAUGAGGAUUAUAUUGGUUGUUUAAUUACAGUAUUAUCCAAUACCUGCUUGUCACACACACACACACCAUACUUCCGUCAACCCCAUACACUCCACUCUUGGCUUUUAUCUCCCAGCUGUUGUGUUCGGUCAAACCACAGCUCUCUCGAAUGUGUGUGUGUGUGUGUGUGUGUGUGUGUGUGUGUGUGUGUGAGAGAGAGAGAGAGAGAGAGAGAGAGAGAGAGAGAGAGAGAGAGAGAGAGAGAGAGAGAGAGAGAGAGAGAGAGAGAGAGAGAGAGAGAGAGAGAGAGAGAGAGAGAGAAGGAAGGUGGACACUGAUAGAUAAGUAAAAUGUACGUAAUGAAGUAAUUAUAUGACUACAGCAUACGUAGGAAAUAAGUAUGUCGGUUAACUCUACCCAUAAUUGUACAACUCCAAGCAAGCUUACAAUAACAUAAAUGUGAAAGUAUAAAAAUACUUUUUUUUUAUUAUUGCUUGAUUUUUUUAAUUAAAAGUUAUAUUAGCCAAAAUUGGUUUAUUUACUAAUACAAAUACACGUGUGAAAUAUGUGAAAAUUCCCGGAAGUUCCCCAAAUUCCUGGGCCAUGAAAAUUCCCGGAAACUUUCCCUGAAAAAUUUUCAUUUUUCCGGGAGACUUUCCUACCCUUUGCAACCCUAGGUGUAUGUGACCUCUCCUGCCAGAAAGAUCUUCCCUUAAUUUACGUCAGGUUUCAGUGUAGAAGUCUUAGAACAGUUGUUAAAUUCACUCUUCUAUCAACAACUUGUCACUAUGAGGGUUAAGUAUUUAUAUGAAUUGAAUUCAACUUCUAAUGAAAUAUGGUGAGCUGUUAUACUUUUGGCUUGCAUCCUAAAAUAUUUGUUGAGUAUCUACCUGUGAAAAUCGGCUCUCCGGCCGUCUCUACCAAACGUUUAAAUGUUGCUGUUUCUUCCUUAAAAAUAAAGUUGUAAAAAGACAA